AUGGGUGACAUGACACUAUUGGAAUCGCUUGACUUAUCAGUGAACAGUCUCACAGGGGAGAUACCUUCGAGCUUUUCUUCAAUGCAUUUCCUCGCUCGUUUGAAUCUAUCUUACAACAACUUAUCAGGAAAAAUACCAACGAGUGGUCAAUUGUCGACCUUUGACUUGUGGACAUAUGUGGGUAACAAAGACCUUUGCGGUACGCCACUGCCAGCUUGCCCUGUUUAUCAAACUCCACCUGACGCUAGAGUUAAACAUGAAGAUGAUGAGAAGCUCGAAAAAUUAUUGGAGUACACCAGUGUUGUGGUUGGAUUUGUUGUUGGCUUUUGGCUGUUUAUUGGCACGCUCAUCAUGAAGCAGGCCAUCAGAUUCACUUUCUUCCGAUGGAUCGACAAGGCUAGCGACUUGAUCUAUGUUCAGUUUGCAGUUAAGCUUGCGAAGCUCAAAUCCAAAUG